GUAAUAGGCAGUGAAUAUGUUAGGAUAAAGAUAUUCAUUGGAUAUUUUUUGAUAAGAUAUUUACUCGCUUUAGGAAAGAUAGUAUUUCUACUAUCUUAUGUGAUUUAUUAAUAGCAGUGCUUUUUAUGUCACCCCACACUUGCAGUUUUUAAAUUGUCGUUCAUAACCUCACAAUCUUGUAUUUGUAAUUGAAAAUGUUUAUGUUUGGAAAUGCACCAGUUUUAAAAUAUUCCUUUUCAUAUACUGUUUAAUUAUAAAUAUUUCCACAUAAAAUGGAUAAUAUUAAAGUAGGCGAUAUGGUAUGGGCCAAAAUGAUUGGGUUUCCACCGUGGCCGUGUGUUGUUGUGAAAAGUAUACCAAAUAUUCCAAAACCAUCAAACGAUCCUACUAAAAAAUAUUUUUGGGUAUAUUUUUUCGGUACAAAUAAUUAUGCUUGGAUACCAAAGAAAAGGAUAAGUCUAUUCGAAGAAAACAGACAUAAAUUCACUCAACCUCAUAGAAAUAUUUUAUUUGAGGAAGCAGUAGAAGAAGCUGAAAAUCACUACAGACUGAAAAAGAACAAUCCAAAGUAUAAAAUAGUUGUUCAAAAACAAUGUAACUCAAAACUGUUUAAUAAAAAGACUAAAAAUGGUAAUAUUAAACAGAAAAAAAUGAAGACAGCAAAUUCUCACAUGAAGCAUAAUAUUUUAUUACGUAAUGUAGAGGUGAAUACACAUAACUUGAUGACUUCACAAUUAGUAUUUGGUGUUUUGGGAGCUGGAAUUAUCGGUCGAGAAAUAAUAAAAAAUCUAGUUAGAUCAGGUCAUAUGGUAAAUAUAUGGAACAGAACGUCAAGUAAAUGCGAUAUUAUAAUAAACGAAUUGGGAAAGCAGUACAAGAAAACCGUAAGAAGUUACUUUAGUCCUCGAUCUUUAUUAGAAAAAUCCGAUAUAGUAUUUGUUUGUUUAUCCAAUCAAGAAGUUGUAAGAAACAUUUUGCAUAAUAGUUUUGGUAUAAACGAUCAUUCCGAUUCCGUUCUACUCAACAAACGUAUAAUUCUAAUGACAACAGUUGGUCCGGAGGCUUCCAAAGACUUGAACGCCGUAAUUGAAAAGAAAGGGGGCAAAUAUCUAGAAGCCCAAAUACAAGGAAGUAAGACCGAAGCUCUAGAAGGAAAUCUUUUGAUCCUUGCAGCCGGUGAUAAAGAGAUUUUUCUCGAAUGUCAAUCUUGUUUUAAAUCAAUCGGGAAAACUGCAAUGUUUUUAGGAGAAGUUGGGUACGCGUCAAAACUGAAUUUGAUACUUCAGUUGAUCAAAGGAGUUAGUUUGGCGGCUCUAUCAGAAGCCUUGGCUUUAGUCGAUCGCUGCGGUUUGAGCAUUAGAGGUUUUUUAGAUGUUUUCACCACCUGCCCUUUGUACAGUCCUUAUUUAAGUAGCAAAGCUGAUAAAAUAAUUGUGAACGAUUACACCAACGUCGAUCAGUCUUUGAAAAAUUUCCAACGAGAUUUAAAAUUAGGAUUAGAGUUAUCGAACAAUGCGACCCAGUCGAUGUUCCUUUCGAGUAUCGCCAACGAAAUGUUCAAACAUUGCAAAAGAUUGGAAUAUUCGGAUAGAGACGCUGCCGUCGUUUUUAUGAGGAAUAAACAUUAAACACUUUUCUAGUUUCGACAGAAUUAAUUUUAUUUUGACAUUUAAACUAUUGAUAAGAAUAAAAGUUUGGUUUUUUAUAUUA